GGGGCGGGUUCGAACGCGAGUCGCCGGGCGGGGCGGGGCCAGAAUGCCCCCCACGGCCCCCAGCCCGGCAGUGCAGGGGGCGGGGCCCCAUCCCAGACGGGUUCCCUGCCAAGGGGCCAGGGCAGAGCCGUCGCCUAGCAACGCCCCGCCCCGCCCGCCCCCGAUCCGCCGCGGGCGCCUGCCCCCAGCAUGGCCUGGCCAGGCUGGUCCGCGCCGUGGCUGUGGGUCGCCGGCUGCGGGCUGCUGCUCCUCAUCCUGGUCCUGCUCGCGAGCCCCCGCAGCUGCCGAACGCGGCGGACCCUCCGCGGCCUGCUCAUGGCGCGCAGCAAGCGGCUGCUCUUCCGAAUCGGGUACAGCCUGUACACCCGCACCUGGCUCGGGUACCUCUUCUACCGCCAGCAGCUGCGCAGGGCUCGGAAUCGCUACCCCAAAGGCCACUCUAGAACCCAGCCCCGUCUCUUCAACGGAGUGAAGGUGCUUCCCAUCCCCGUCCUCUCAGACAACUACAGCUACCUCAUCAUCGACACCCAGGCCCGGCUGGCUGUGGUUGUGGACCCCUCUGACCCUCAGGCUGUACAGGCUUCCAUUGAAAAGGAGGGCGUUGAUUUGGUUGCCAUCCUCUGCACUCACAAGCACUGGGACCACAGUGGAGGGAACCGUGACCUCAGCCGGCGGCACCAGGACUGUCGGGUGUAUGGGAGCCCUCAGGACGGCAUCCCCUACCUCACCCAUCCCCUGUGUCAUCAAGAUGUAGUUAGCGUGGGACGGCUCCAGAUCCGGGCCCUGGCCACCCCUGGACACACGCAAGGCCAUCUGGUCUACCUGCUGGAUGGGGAGCCCUACAAGGGUCCCUCCUGCCUCUUCUCAGGGGACCUGCUCUUCCUCUCUGGCUGUGGACGGACCUUUGAGGGCACUGCAGAGACCAUGCUGAGCUCCCUGGACACGGUGCUGGGGCUGGGGGAUGACACUCUGCUGUGGCCCGGUCACGAGUACGCGGAGGAGAACCUGGGCUUUGCGGGUGUGGUCGAGCCCGAGAACCUGGCCCGGGAGAGGAAGAUGCAGUGGGUGCAGAGGCAGCGGAUGGAACGCAAGAGCACGUGCCCGUCCACCCUGGGAGAAGAGCGCUCCUACAACCCAUUCCUGAGGACCCACUGCCUGGUGCUGCAGGAGGCCCUGGGGCCAGGCCCGGGCCCCACUGGGGACGACAGCUACUCCCGGGCCGAGCUCCUGGAGAAGCUCCGCCGGCUGAAGGACCUGCACAAGAGCAAGUGACAGCCCCCACCCCAUCCCAGCCCGCCCCCCGCGGCGGGGAGGCCACCCGUCGUCGCCCGCACCACACCAUCGCUCUCAUCGCUACCACCCGCCACCUCCACCGGCGCCCACGGCGGGCAUCAGUCCCAGCACUGUCAGGGGAGGAGGGUCGAGGUGAUGAGGACGUGAGAGCGAGGAGGAGGAGGCUGGUGGAAGGCUUGGAGACCCCACCGGGUGAGGCUGAGUUAUCCGGGGCGAGAGGAAAGGCGGAGCCUUGGGACAUCUCCAGAGCCAGCUGGGAGGGCGCCUCCUCUCCUGCCCUGUUCCUGCCCGGGCAGUGAGGGGUCAUCUUCCCCCUUCUCCCAUCCAGGGUUGGGAAAGACGGUCCCCCAAAGUGGCCUGAGGUGUGGUGCCUUGGAAAAGCGGUCACUCAGAGGGGGAGCUGGGCUCUGGUGUCCUGAGACACUGGCCCUCCUCCCCAAGCCUCCCCUCCCCGUCCCUCCUCCCCCCCCCCCCCAAAAGCAUUUUUCAAACAGCCAUUUCUGGGAAAGACGAAAGGGCUGGAAGUCUGGCUGUCUGGACAAUCUCGGCCUCAGUGACUCCCCUACAGCCUGGAAAAGGGAGGGUCCUGGUUGCCACGGAAACUGGAAACUGCACCUCAGGCUGAGGAGACACAGGAAGCUGGGAUUGCAGCCCCACAGGCUCCUCUUGCAGCAGGCCUCCGCCCCUGCCUGGGGCCCAAAGGACUCCCCUUUCCAGGGGAGAGAAAGCCAUCUUCCAGCCCGGCCACGGCAGUUUUCUCCUGACGGUCCUUGUUCUUAGGAACUUCUGCCUUGCUCUAACUCCUUCUUUAUCCUCUCAGUCCCGCUCUGCUUUUAGUUAUAAAGACAUUAUUCAUCUGGGCCUCUGCAGUUUGCCAAGAACAUCCCCAUGUCAUUUCUCAUUUGAUCCUUGGUCCCACCCUGGCUGGGGGUGGGGGUCUGCGCAGCAGAGCGCAGAAGUCAGAAGUCCGGGAGCAGACUGCUGUCGGAGUGGUGGCUUCCAGGACCCCAGGCCUGGGCCCCUCCCCGCAGCUCAGCCUCUCCUCUGGUCUCUAGUCCAAGUCCUUCUGGAGCCAAAGAGAGGAACCAUAAGGUCCUCGAGCGGGCAUACCUCGGGUCAACCAGGGGCCUUCCCUUCCUGUGUGCAAGCCUUCCCUCGGGCUCCGCUCACCUCUGCUGAGACUCCAAGAAGACCCCUCCCUUCAGCUUCCCCUCAUCGUCCCGCCUCUGCCUCCCUCUCCAGCCACAGCCUCUGGUACCAACUCUUAGCAAUACCACCAGAAUAGAGUUCCCUGUCCCCCAAGACAUGCAGUUUCAUGCCUUUGUGCCUUCGCUCAUGCUGUUUCUUCAGACUGGAAUGCCUUUCCCCUGCCCCUCCGGCCUUGUCUGCCUGGCAAACACCCAUUCAUCUCUCACAAUCCCCCUCAAAGGCCCCCUCCUCCGGGAAGACAUCCCCCAUGCCCCUCGCCCUCCAGGCUACCUCUGCUCUUUGUAAAUGCUUCUCUCGUGGCAGUUAUCACACUGUAUUUUACUUGUUUACAUGUUUGUCUCCCCUUCUAGACUGUGAACCUUUCAGGGCAUGGACUGUAUCUUAAUGCAUCUCUGUAUUUCUGCGCCUAGCACGGUGCCUAGCACACAGUAGGCGCUCAAUAAAUCUUGGAUGAAUGAAUAAUUUAA